GUCUAAUCAGACCAACCAGUGAGACUUGUCUGUGCCGCCAUGCCCGCUCUCCGAUCAGACAAGGCCGACGAGGACUCGCGGCUCUUCAUCGAGCGAUUGCUGCUGCCACCGGGGACGACGUGUUCACGGGCCGCCUCCACCGGGUUGUUCUUCUUUAUGCUGUACUGCUUCGUGUGGACCAGCUGGUAUAUUGCGGCCGGCCGAGUGACCUGCCCCGCCGAAGCCGCCGCUUCGGAGGCGCUGCGACCCCUCCAGAGGGUGUUUCGACGGGUCACUGGGCCAGGCUGGAGCCCUUUCCCAGGCUCCGACGUUGGACGUCCCUGUUUGAGCAGGAAGACUGGGAUUCAGGUGAGUUUUACGGCCCCGGUUUAUGCAGAAGAUGGCUACCUUUCACCUCCGACCAACUCCUGUUCUGAGCAGAGUGAAGCUCGUCUCGCCGAAAGGUCCGAGAUGCCAAGUUGAAUUGCGAACCACGUAGGUUUGGCCAAUGGAGCUGCUUUACUCAUUGGAUACAAGCUCCAACCUGAUCCAAACUUAUCCGACCUUGGCAAGAUUCACACGAGGGCAUACGAGGGUUAAUUUACUUAUACAUAUUUCCUUUGAUUGAAAUUGAUCAAA